AUGACAGGAUCUUAAGUUAAUGUUUAAAGUUCUUUUUCUAUAUUCACAAUUGCUGCUUUGUAAGACACAGGUUUUUAUGCAGAAGUAAAUGAAAACAUGGCCGGUUAAAUUUUUUGGGGAAAAGGAAAAGGUUGCGAUUUUCUAGAAAAUGUUUGCUAUAGUAAAACUGAAUACCCAGAAUUUCCUAAAAAUUUAGAUGAUCUUUUAUGUUCAUUUGAAUAUGAAGGAUUCGCUCUAUCUGAAACUAAUAAAUAUGCAGACUAAUGUAAAAUAGUUUAGCCUGAAAUAGAAGAUUUAUGUACAAAUCCAAAUGCUAUAUAAGAUGAUGAAGAUUUAGAAAUGGAAGAGGAUAAAUUAUCUGAUUAUUCAACUCAAAGUAAAUGUUUCUAAUCUACUGCUGUAAAAUCCUCAUCUAUGUAUGAAUAUGAUGUUUCUGUAAGAUGUCAUUAAUAUAAAUGUUCCUCCGAUUCGUCUGAAAUAUCUAUUAUUUUUCCAGAUAUUUAAUUGUAAGUUUUAUGUGGAACAGGGGAUUAAGGGAAAUAAAAGGAUAUUGAUAAAACUCGCAAAAAAGCUAAAGGUAAAAUCACAUGUCCUUCAGAUUAUAAUAGAUUCUGUAAUAAUUCCCGUACAUGUCCGAAUUUCUGUUCUUAAAAAGGAGUCUGUGUAAACGGACAUUGUAUAUGCUAAUCUGGAUAUGGAGGGGAAAAUUGUAUUACAAAAUGCUCCGGAUUAUUCAUUGAUGGAAAGUGUAUAUAAUAAGGCUCUUGUCCUUCAGGUAAAUUCAAGAACCCAGAUAAUACUUGCAAAUCAGACUGUCCUUAAGGCCUAUAUGGAAAGGAUGGUAAUUGCGAACCAUGCCAUAGCAGUUGCUCUAGAUGUACUGGACCAUUACCUAAUCAGUGUACUAAAUGUUAGUUUUUGACAUUAUUGCAAGAUAACUAGUGUGUGGAAUAAUGUGAUGAGAAACAAGGAUAUAAACCUAAUUAUGAUUUGCGUAUAUGCGAGUCUUAGAUAUCCACAAAAUGUUAAGGUAAUUGCUAAACUUGCGAGAAAAUAAAUUCUCCUUUAUGUAUCACUUGCAAAUAAGGCUUUUAUAAAUAAGCUGAUAAAUCGUGCCAAAAUACAUGUGCUAUAGGAUCUAAGAGAACCCAAAAUUCUAAUGAAUGUGUAAAACCUUUAGUUGGAUGUCUUUAAUAAAAAGAUUCUAAUACUUGUAUUACAUGUGAUACUGCUAAACGAUAUAGAUUAGGAUCAGAUAAAUAAUGUACGUUGUGCAAGGAAAAUUGCUCAUAAUGUAAUCCUAAUAAUCCAUCUGAGUGUCUUGUUUGCGAGGGAGUUAACUUAAAAAGUCAUGAUAAUAGUAGUUGUGUAAAUUAAUGCCCUGUUGCUAGUUUUUAUUCUGAUAAUAUUGGAAAAUGCUAAUAAUGUCCUAAAAAUUGUUAAAAUUGUAAUGAUAAUGGUUGCAAAAAAUGUUAAAAUGGUUACUAUAAAGAUUCAAAAACUAAAGCUUGUACUUAAUGUCUUUCUAAAUAAAUUAAUUGUCAAAAUUGUGAUGAUCCCAUCUGUUUAUAAUGUAAUGAUAUUUAAAAAAAAAAAUGCUUGCAAAUUUCUGCUUAAGAUGGAAAUUUAGGAAGUGGAAAUACUGUAAUUAAUGGAAUUAAUAUAAUAAAAUGCCCGUCAGGAUGUAAAUAAUGUAAUUAAUCUAAAGAAUGCUUAUAAUGUAAUUAAGGUUUAAUUAUUGAUGAUAAAACUAAAAAAUGUGUUACAUGUAUUUAAAAAUAUAGUUAGUGUAUAGCAUGUACGGAAAAUAAAUGUACUUCUUGUUUUUCUGGACAUACAUAUAAUGAGAAAUUAAAAUAAUGCACUAAAAUCGAUUCCUCUAGAAAAUUAUUAUAAAUUUAAGGCGAUGAUUAAUAAUAAAAUAAUUAUUAAGUAGUCUUUGUUUUUUUUAUUAGUUAGGUUAUAUUUGGAUUAUUAUUGUGAUGAUUUUUAAACAUAAAAAUUAAUGUUUAUUCUAUAAUUAAUUAUUAUAAAUUUUAUUUUUUUAGUAUUAAAUAUAUUUCAUUGUUUUUUUU